GGGUGCUGUGCACGGCGCAUGCGUGUGUGACCUCCACACGCACACAGCGAGCUGCUGCGGCUCUCACUCCGUUAAAUCGCGUCUGUGUUUGUCGCUAAUUUGUUUCGAGUUCCGACUGUGUGGGGCGAGACAGUCCGGCAACUCCUCAUGAUAAAGGACCUGGGGUGAAAAAUAAAUUGUUAAAAGAAAGAAAACAAAUAAAAAAAUUGUAUACACUCUUGUAUACAACGCCAGCUCCAAAUUCGCCUUGAGCAAGUGUUCGCUAGGAGCCGAAGCUUAUAGCAUCAUGUCACACAGAAGAAGCAGAAGUGGUUCUCCACCCUCUUACGGCACCAACAGCAACGACCCUCGUGACCUGGAGAGAAGGAUUUUUGUCGGCAAUUUGCCCACUGCACAUAUGGCGAAGAAGGAUAUGGAAGACCUGUUCAGGCCAUAUGGGAAAAUACAGGCCUUGUCCCUGUUUCGUGGGUAUGGAUUUGUGCAGUUUGAAAGGGCGGAAGAUGCUGAGGCAGCUAAAGCAGGACAUAACGGUCGGAUUUAUAGAGGUUAUAAACUAGAUGUAAAUAUGGCUGCGGAGAGACGACAGAAACCCAGGUCAAGUCCUCCACGCAGGCCUGCUGGUUAUGGGGACAGCAGGGAGCCCCAUCCCCGUUCUCGAUCCCCACUGCAGGGUCGAGACUCUCGCGACAACAGGGAUGGCAGAGACAUGAGGGAACCUAGUCGAGAACCACGGCCUGGGCCACCACGAGACCAUGAUGAUGAGCGCUUCAGGAGCGCAGAUGGAAGGGAUAAAGACUCGCGAGAUGCUCCUUACAGAAAUGACGGUUAUGACCGCUUUUACCGUGGUGAAUAUGAACAGUACCGCAAGAAAGAUGAUCCUUACGCUGAGCGCUACAGGGAGAACUGGAGUGGCAGGAGAGAACCAGAAGAGGAGCGAAUACGCCCUGAGGAGCGCAGGAGGAAUGAGCUGUACCGUCAGUACUAUGAAGAGCUGCAGAGACGUUACGAUGCUGAGAGACCUGUGGACUGCUCUGUCAUCGUGGUCAACAAGCAGCAGAAGGAGUAUGCAGAAAUGGUGGGGAGAAAGGUGCGAGAUCUGGGCAUGGUGGUGGACCUCAUCUUCCUCAACACAGAGGUGUCUCUGACCCAGGCUCUGGAGGACGUCAGCCGGGCUCGUACACCCUUCGCCAUUAUCAUCACCCAGCAGCACGAAGUGCAUCGCUCCUGCACAGUCAACAUUCUCUUUGGCACACCACAGGAACACAGAAACAUGCCCAUGCAGGAUGCUAUGGUUUUAGUGGCUCACAACUAUGACACCUUUAAGAUGGAGAACCGUGCCAAGGAGCGGGAUGAGAUCUCAAGAAAAGCUGCGAAGAUGGCAGAUGAGGUUUUGAUGAGAGAGCAUGACAGACAAGGCCACCCAGUUUCGGUACUGACUGCUAUCACGCUGCUGUCAGAGGGCAGGUUCCUGACUCCUCAAGAGUUAACGGUACUCAUUAACUAUCUGCAAGAUAAGCGUGAUCGUCUUGUCCGAGGCAGCACAGACUCUCACCUUGGGUCCCAUCAGUCCUCUGCAGCAGUCACUCAUGAGACCCCUCAGUCCACCCAGGCUCUUGCCCCUGUUUCCCACCAGACACACCCAUCCACACACUCCUUACACAGCUCCCACCUUCCUGCUGCUUCUGCCACCACCACCAACCAGCAGCAAGAGCUGCAGGCUAAAAUUCUCAGUCUUUUCAACAGUGGCUCAGGUUCCUCGGUGUCUCAGAACCAGGCAGCAGUGUCGCAGCCUCAGGGCUACGGAUCCACACAGAGCUCCAGCCUCUCCUCCUCCACUCUGUCCAACUUGGCUAUGUCUGCUCAUGACUCUCAGGACAUGAUGAGUCCUCGCAUGAGCAUUAGGCCCCCUGCUAACCGAAUAGCAGCACCUCAGGGGCUCCAGAGAGCUGGAACUGGGAUUAACUUUGACAACCCUAGUGUGCAAAAAGCCCUUGACACACUCAUCCAGAGCGGACCUGCUAUUAACCAGCUGGUCAAUUCAGCGAGCCUAACGGCCAGAUCAGGCCAGGGGGUGGGCCAAGGAAUUAACCAAGGAUUAAGCCAGGGACUUGGGCAAGGAAUGAGCCAAGGUUAUAGCCAGGGAAUGGGACAAGGAAUGAGCCAAGGACUGGGACAGGGGCUAAGUCAAGGACUGGGACAGGGGCUAAGUCAAGGACUGGGACAGGGGAUGAACCAAGGAAUGGGACAGGGGAUGGGGCAAGGGUCUCACUACCAGCGUCAUUUCUGAAACACAUCUAGGCAGCCCUCUUGAAUAAAUUGAUAUUUUUUUGGAUUCUGCAUUUAAUUUUUUAAAAAGCAGUGCCCAGAAUUUCUUAAACAUUUGUUUUAUUUCUUUGUUUGUGAAUGUUACGAUGGUUAUUGUUAGGGCAUCUGAAAGUUCAUUACUUUCAAUUUUCCUUUGGACCAGAAAGAAAUGAUGAUGGAUGUAAAUCAUUCAUGAAGAAUUUGCUGGUCUGAACAGAUAGUUUUGAAUAUUUCCCUUGUGUUAUUUUAUAUAAAGUGUCAUUUGUACAUAAUGAAUUGCGAUUCAAUAAAUAAUUGACACAAAAUGUUUGUUUCUUGUUCCUACAUUAAAAGUGUAAGUGCACUGGAAAGAAGACGUUGUACAAAUCAGUAAUAAAAUGGUAUUAGUUUA